AUGGUGGAGGACGCGGCCGCACCCGGCAGCUACACGUUCAGGCCGCGAUACGCCACAGAGAAGGCCAUCGCCGACAUCGCCCCGCGCGAGGGCUCCCCGGACUGGCUGGUGCGGGAGGUGGCGGCCACCAGGGCGGGCCUGCUGGCGCUGCGGCAGAACGUGUGCCUGCUGACGGAUGACGUCGACCCGGACGCAUUCUACCCCCGUUUCUCCCUGAUGAGCAGCAGCAGCUACCAGGAGCUGGACCCCAGCCAGAGGGCGGUGCUGCAGCAGAUGCACGAGGAGUACUUCUUCAGAAGUCCCAACCCCACUUGA